AUGUCUCCGGUUGCCGGCGACAAGGAUGGGGUGGAGGCACCGGUAGUGGUAGAGUGGCGCUCUGGCUUCUCCAACCCGACCAGCUUCAAGGAGUAUCGCCUGGAUCAACUUGUGUAUACCCUUCGCCAGAUGCACAUCGCUGAGAACUCAACAGAGUCGUCUCCGGCCGCUCCGGUCAACUUCUCCAUGCUCUACCGUGAGGGGUGGAUCACUACGGAUCCCAGCUUCACAUCUAUCGGGCUUGUCUACAAAUUCCUCCAAGAUCGGCGUCAAGAUCCGCCGGCGCUGGACCUACGGUUCGCCAUGGCGCUCGCACUCGCUCAGAGUCUUGCCAAUAUGGUGACUGUGGGCUGGAUGCACAAAGCCGUUCGCAGUCAUAAUGUUCUUGUGUUUGACAAAGAGAAUUUAUCAGAGCUCUUUUUGGCCGGAUUCACCUACAUGAGAUCGGGAGACGCCGAGCGGGAAGAUCUGUCGACUUUGCCUUGCCAUGAUCCAACAUUUCAACUCUACCGACCUUCUCUGCAGCAGGCGAGGCCUCCGGAUCAGGGCACGACGACGGAGCGCUCAAGGCUUCAAGCUCUGCGGAACACCAGAUUCGAUACCUUUGGCUUGGGCAUCGUCAUGCUUGAGGUCGGCUUGUGGAAGAUUGUCGACUCACUAGCGGAACCGCUUGCUGACAAAAUGUCUGCCCAAGAAUUUUUGACUUCAAAAGAGCUCCGUUCUUGGAUUGCACGGCUGUCGUCUCGCAUGGGUGACACUUAUUGCAACGCGGUCAAAGCAUGCAUUGACUUUGGACGCGGAUCCGUUCAACAAAAAGAUGAAAAGACUUCUUCGAAGAACUCCUUGUGA